GUGGUCACCUUGACAGAUGUGGCGGGCUUGCUCAUGGCGUUUGAGCCAGAAUGCAGCGCGUCAGUUCUGAGCCAUGCUUUCCAAAUGCUGGGCCUUCACAAAGGUGGAUUGAGCGAGGCACAGUUCUGCCUGGUGUGGGAGCAUGAGCCUGCUGAGACAAAUCAGCAACAACUCUUGCGCUGGCUUCCAG